AACAGAGGGUGCCCUCCAGGGCCGGAUUGGACCCUGCUUUGUGGGAGGCGGGACUCAGGGCUAGCGGAUGGAGGGGUAUUUAAGGCCGUGCUCAAUUGGAGGUGGCCAAGGGCAAAAUGAGCGGGAUUCUGGGCGCCGGGACCUACCCAGGCCCGGGAGACACCUCUGACCUUAAGUACCCCGUGGGAACCAGGCUCAGGGAAGCUCUCACCGAGACUCGGUUUCAUCAGCUCUUCCGGAGCGAAGAGCUGGAGCUGGAGCGACCUGUAGAGCGCCGCUUUCCCCGGCUCUGCGGACCACGGAGGCUGCGGGCUGGCUCCUGUUCCACGACGGGGGCGUGGCGCCUGCUGCUGGCUCUGCUGCCCCCGCUGCACUGGCUGCCCCAUUACCGCUGGCGGGCCUGGCUGCUUGGAGACGCGGUGGCUGGAGUGACCGUGGGCAUCGUGCACGUGCCCCAGGGCAUGGCUUUUGCCCUCCUGACCUCCGUGCCCCCGGUGUUUGGACUCUACACUUCUUUCUUUCCCGUCCUCAUCUACAGCUUGCUGGGUACUGGGAGACACCUGUCCACAGGAACUUUCGCCAUACUCAGCCUCAUGACAGGCUCCGCUGUCGAGCGGCUAGUGCCAGAACCCCUCGUGGGGAACCUGAGCGGAAUCGAGAGAGAGCAGUUGGACGCUCAGCGGGUUGGGGUAGCCGCCGCAGUGGCCUUCGGGAGCGGGGCGCUGAUGCUGGGGAUGUUCGCGCUGCAGCUCGGCGUCCUGUCCACCUUUUUGUCGGAGCCUGUGGUCAAGGCGCUGACCAGCGGAGCCGCGCUGCACGUGCUCGUGUCCCAGCUGCCGAGCCUCUUGGGCUUGUCCCUCCCGCGCCAGAUCGGCUGCUUCUCUCUCUUCAAGACGCUGGCCGGCGUGCUGACUGCGCUGCCCCGGAGCAGUCCGGCUGAACUGACCAUCUCGGCGCUCAGCCUGGCGCUGCUAGUGCCGGUCAAGGAAUUGAACGUGAGAUUCCGAGACCGGCUACCCACGCCGAUCCCGGGGGAAGUCGUCAUGGUGCUUCUGGCCUCUGUGCUCUGCUUCACCUGUUCCCUGGACACAAGAUACAACGUCCAGAUAGUAGGGCUGUUGCCUGGAGGAUUGCCCCAACCCCUCCUUCCCAACCUGGCUGAGCUGCCCAGGAUUCUGGCUGACUCACUGCCCAUCGCACUGGUUACUUUUGCGGUAUCUGCCUCCCUGGCCUCCAUUUAUGCAGACAAGUAUAGCUACACCAUUGACUCCAACCAGGAGCUCCUGGCACAUGGUGCCUCCAACCUCAUCUCCUCCCUCUUCUCUUGCUUUCCCAACUCGGCUACGCUGGCCACCACCAGUCUACUAGUGGAUGCUGGUGGGAAAACACAGCUGGCAGGCCUCUUCUCCUGCAUAGUGGUUCUGUUGGUGCUACUGUGGCUCGGGCCCUUCUUUUACUAUCUGCCCAAGGCUGUCCUGGCUUGCAUCAACAUCUCCAGCAUGCGCCAGAUGUUCUUCCAGAUGCAGGAACUUCCACAACUAUGGCGCAUCAGCCGCAUGGACUUUGCUGUGUGGAUGGUCACAUGGGUGGCUGUAGUGACCCUGAGUGUGGACCUGGGCCUGGCUGUGGGUGUGGUCUUCUCCAUGAUGACUGUGGUCUGUCGCACCCAGAGGGUGCAGUGCCUGGCACUUGGACAGGCUGAGGGGACAGAGCUCUACAGGCCACUCAAAGGAAGCCACAAGCUCCUUCAGGUCCCAGGGCUCUGCAUCCUGAGCUAUCCAACACCACUCUACUUUGGGACCCGCGGGCAGUUUCGCCGCAACCUGGAGUGGCACCUGGGGCUUGGAGAAGGAGGAACGGAGACUUCAAAGCCAGAUGGCCUAACUGUUGCAGCUGCUGAGCCUGUCAGAGUGGUGGUCCUAGACUUCAGUGGUGUCACCUUUGCAGAUGCUGCUGGGGCCAGAGAAGUGGUGCAGCUGGCCAGCCGAUGUCGAGAUGCUAGGAUCCGCCUCCUCUUGGCUCAGUGUAAUGCCUCGGUGCUGGGGACGCUGACCCGGGCAGGACUCCUGGACAGGGUGACUCCAGAUCAGCUGUUUGUGAGUGUGCAGGAUGCAGCUGCUCAUGCCCUGGGGAGCCUGCUAAGGGGAAGUAGCACCAGGAGCAGGAGCCAGGAGGUGCCGGGCUGCAGCAAAUGAGGCAGGGGUAAGUGGCUGGAGACCCAGGGAGAGGGGUUUGGGAAAGGGUCUGUGGAGAAAGAUCAAGAAGAAAAGGGUGGAGCCAGAAUGAAUAGUGGAUUGAAGACCAACUCAGGGAGCCUGAGCUAUGGGUGAAGAACUGAAGAACUCAGAUCCCUAAGUUGGUGGGGUACCCCUGAGAGGACUGCCACAUUUCAAGGGAGAGGGUGCUUAAUCUAUUCCUGACAUGUCUCCUCUCUUCUCCAGGAGCCCACUGACCAUAAGAUUUGCACAGUGUGGGUCUGACCUCAUCACUUGGAGUGCAGAGGGCCCCAGUGACAUGUGUGUGAUGAGGACCAUGACCCCUGAGCCCCCUUACCUAAUGUAACUAAUAAAAUGAAGCUGAGUGCUUUGGAAUCCA